ACAUGUAGGUGGUAGAGAAGAAGGUCAUUUAAUAGGUCUCCAUCCUUUGGAUAUUUCAUAAUGCAUGUACCUAUAAAUCCCGCUUAGCUCUUCGUGCUACUCCCCGUUCAUAGACCAUCAAACACAAGUAGGAGAGUUGGGAAAGAGAGAUACAACAUUUUUUCUAUAUACUAUACUAUAUACAUUAUAUCUCCAUAAAAAAAAAGUAGAUAAACAUGCAUUGUGCUACAUUCUCUAAGAUAACUAUCUUGAAUGCUUUGUUGUAUAUUGCAACAUUAUUGUUAGGCUUAAUUUCACCAAACGUUGAAGCUCAAAGAGCCUUCUUUGUGUUUGGAGACUCGCUCGUAGACAAUGGCAACAACAACUACUUGGCCACCACGGCAAGGGCCGAUAGGCCGCCAUAUGGGAUCGACUCGCCGGACGGCCCUUCUGGCCGCUUCUCUAAUGGUCUUAACAUCCCAGAUCUUAUUUGUGAGGAACUUGGAAUAGAAUAUCUAUUGCCCUACCUAAGCCCUGAGCUCAACGGAGAUAGACUUUUGGUUGGUGCAAACUUUGCUUCUGCCGGCAUAGGAGUUCUCAAUGACACCGGCGUUCAGUUUCUCAAUAUAUUAAGGAUAGCCAGACAGUACGAGUUGUUUGAGCAAUACAAACAACGAUUAGCUGCACAAAUUGGAGACGAAGAAGCGGAAAGUCGAGUUAAUGGAGCCCUUUAUCUUAUCACACUUGGUGGUAAUGACUUUAUUAACAACUACUUCCUCCUCCCAAUCACUGUCAGGCGUCUUCAAUUUCCCGAUCUUGAUAACUAUGUUAAUUUUGUCGUCUCAGAGUAUCAACAAAUUUUAUUGAGUUUAUAUGACUUGGGAGCAAGAAGAGUGUUGGUUACUGGAACUGGACCACUAGGAUGUGUCCCUGGUGAGUUGGCCUCACAAGGCAGCCAAAAUGGCGAAUGUGCCCCUGAACCACAACGGGCUGCUGACCUUUUCAACCCAAGGUUGACCCAAAUGCUUCAAGGGCUAAACAGUCAAAUUGGCACCGAGGUGUUUAUUGCCUCCAAUACACAGGGGAUGUUGAAUAAUUUCCUAAACAAUCCUCAAUCCUAUGGAUUUGAAACAUCAAAGGUAGCAUGUUGUGGACAAGGACCCUACAAUGGGCUAGGACUAUGCACUGAAUUAUCAAACUUGUGCCCAGAUAGGAGUGUUUAUGCUUUUUGGGAUGCCUUUCACCCCACUGAAAGGGCUAACAGGUUCAUUGUCCAGCAAAUGAUGAUCGGUUCCGUCGACCAUAUGAGUCCUAUGAACCUUAGCACCAUCUUGGCUAUGGAUUCUAGGACCUAAUAAUUCAGCUUGUUAAUGUGUUAAUUAAGGUUCUAAGAACUAAAUUUGGUGUGUGGAUGAUACAUAUGAUGGUCAUUCCUAGCAAUCCUAGCUAUGUGUACUUUUGGUUUUCUCUUCCAAUUGUAAUCAUCAAUUACUAUAUAAUAAUAUAUAGAGAGAGAUUGCAAUCA